AUGCUGCAUGAGCUCGCAAUGACCGACGUUAACGGUGAGGCAACUACCCUCGCAGUAGGAGAGUACAUUCGAGAAAGUAUUGACCAGGCUGAGAAGACACUGUUGGAUUAUAAGGGAAGGAGAAGUGUGGCCGAGAAAUGGGUCGAUUUUGUUGAUAAUAGUAAGUGGCUUUCAAGUUUUCUUAUUGAUGCGAAGCACGUGAGCCCUCCAUGUGAAGUGCCUGGGUUGAUAUUCAUUAUAUCUGCUGUACUACGAGGAUUCGGGCAAGUUGUUUUUCAGGAUAAUCCAUGGACGGGCUUGUUCGUUUGUAUUGCCGGUGGUUUGCCUCAUUGGCCAACCGCUAUCAUGGGCAUCAUUGGAUGCACUAUCACGACGGUUUUUCCCUUGCUGGUACAACCACUAGAACCAAGAGGAUUGGUCGCUAGUGGUAUAUACGGUUUUAAUGGAGUUUUGCUGGGCUGGGGAUACUCGACCUUCGACAACAACAUACAACGUGCUCAUUCAUCUAUUCUGCACGUGGUGAUCAGCAGAAGUUUCACUAGAGCUACCAGGAUUCCUCCGCUGACUUGGCCAUACAACAUAGCAUUGCUGAUGUGGAUGGCGUGCGCUACUUUAUCGAACAAUUAUGAUACUCUUUUUACGCACGCUGUUACUCCCAAGGCUCUUGCUGGUGAAUACUCUAUCACUUGGUUUUUCACAACUUGGUUAAAGGGAAUCUCCCAGGUUGUUUUCAGUGCGGACUUGUGGUCAGGAGUGGUGCUCUUGGUUGGCAUUCUUGUAGGGUGCUUCCUAAUGGAGGGCCAGCUUUGA